AUGGCAAGAUUUCUUUCGAACGGGCGGUUUGUGGCUGAGUUAAAUCGUACUUUUAUUGUGAUGAUUCCCAAGCGUUCGAAUGCAGCUAUGUUUGAUGACUACAGGCCGAUCAGUCUGUGCAAUACUACUUAUAAGAUUAUAUCUAAGCUCCUCUCGAAUAGGAUUCGCAAGGUGUUGCAAAAUCUGAUUUCGCCUAAUCAAUCCGCGUUCGUCAAAGGGAGAUGGAUAGCCGAAAAUUCCAUUAUAGCCCAUGAGUUCCAAGUGUUGCUCAAUGGGGGGCUUACCAAAUCUUUCGCUCCAAGAAGAGGGAUUCGGCAAGGCGAUCCUUUGUCUCCCUAUAUCUUCAUCUUGUGCUCGGAAGUGCUUUCUAGAUUAUUGUUUGCCAGAGAAGAGUCCGGGAGUUUGGAGGGGGUGAAAGUCUCGCGCCAUGGUCCAGCUAUCUCUCAUUUGAUUUGCCAACUCCUUCGCUCGGAGAUUGUUAAUUCCUUCGGUUUCAAAGAGAUGAAUGAAGAUGAGCAGUUCUUGGGCAAUCCUCUUUUUAUUCAUGGUAAUUGUGUGAGUAAAUUCAAGAAUGUCGUGGAUAAGGUUGCAAGUCGGCUUGAAGGUUGGAAAGCUAAGCUCUUGUCGCAAUCGGCUAGAUCGGUUCUGAUUCAAAACGUUCUUCAGACGGUCCCUUUGUAUUCCAUGGCGGUGUUUAAACUUCCAGUGGCCAUUCAUAACGAGCUUGACGGCAUCUCUAGACGUUUCUGGUGGACUAGAGACACUGGGAAGAGUCGUUACUUGUCUCUAGUUUCUUGGGAUAGUAUUUGCAAACCCAAGGCUUGUGGGGGUCUCGGAUUCAGAAAGUCUGGCCACAAUAAUAUUUGUCUUCUGGCCAAAUUGGCGUGGAUGCUUGCUAAGGAAGGUGAUGCCCUAUGGAUAAAGGUUUUAAAAGGGAAGUACUUCCCUCAGACGUCCUUUCUUGCAGCUGGUAAGAAACAAAAUUCCUCCCUUGUGGCUAGGGGAAUAUGGGAUGCUAAACAGUUAAUUAAGGAUCAUGCCGCUUGGAGGGUUAGUUUUAACUCUUCUAGAAAUCUGUGGGAUUGUGAUUGGGUGGUCUUUGAUGGUUUGAGGAUUGGUCAGGGAGAUUUAAACCCCCUAGAAUCGAAGAGUUUGUUUAUCUCUGAUCUUGUUGAUCGGGCUAAUGGGGCUUGGGACUUGAAUUCGCUGUCGUUGUCCUUCUCUCCAAAGACUGUGGUGAAUUUCCAAUUGAUUUAUCCUUCUGAUCUCGCCUCCCAGGACUCCCUGGUGUGGACUGCAUCUCCAAGUGGUGAGUUCUCUCUGAAAUCGGCCUAUUGGGCUCUCAAGGUGUUGGCGGCUAUUUUUGGCAAUGAGUUGGGCCCGUGCUGUUUGUGUGAUUCCCCGGAUGCUAAUUCUACUGCCCAUCUUUUUGGGGAUUGUGAUGUGGUCAAGAAACUCUGGUUUCUCUCUAAGUGGGGAAUUAGAAUUGAGGCCUUUGAUUUGAGCGAUGGAAGGAAAGUGCUUCAUUGGAUGUUCAACGCUCCGUUCAUCAAGGAUUUAGAGGCUCGGGCGGUUACUGAGUUUAGAUUAUUUGCUGCUGUGUUGUUCUGUAAAGCUUGGUUCUUUCGCAACCAAGCUUUCCAUAAUGGUGGGUCUAUGCCAGUGGAGUUGAUGUCCAAACUUGUGGGCAGGGAAUUCGACUCCCAGUGGAGUCUUCUUUCGAGCAAUACGGAUGCCUUUCCUUCGCACCAGGUUACUAUAUGCAGUUAA